GUUACAAUACGUUACGGUUUUGAAGUUUUUUUUUUUGAGUUCGAAAAUAAAAAUAAAUAACAUUAAAUGCUUUAGAAUAGAUUUUUUUCAUAAAUUUAUUAAUAAAGAUUAAGGAAAAAUAUCGUGAGAACAUUGUGCUACUGAGUAUUGAAAAAAAAAUAAAUCGCUUUAAAAUAUUCGUUGAAAAUCUAAUCAAUUAAAAGAAAAAGUCUUUGAAACCAAACAAGUCAAUUAAUAUUAAAAAAAGUAUAAUAAUAUAAAUAUAAAAUAACAAAAUGUAUCAUAAACAUUUAAAAACAUUGCUGUGCAUAUUGUGGUGCCUCUAUAAUCCGGCCAAGGCAAAAGCUCAAGCCAAAGCUCAAUUAGAUUUGCCACCACUGACAAAUCCCUCCCCUCAACAACAGAUCUAUUAUAAUGCUUAUACAGUAACAACACAGCCACAAGCAUUGGCUGAUACUGAUAGAUCUCAACGAUUUGGACCGCCAUAUUCGGAGGACCAAAAUACCGACGAUGGAUCAGAUGAUUUUAGGAAUGGUCAAACUUAUGAUGAACGCAUGCGUUAUGGUCUACGCUCCCUACCUUAUCAACAAUACAAUAACAGCUUUGGCCUAGAUUCCCCCUUCAGUGAUAAGAAUCUCUACAAUAAUCACAAUCAACAACAACUAAAUCAAAACACCUACAGUGAUCGUUAUGGCAAUAAUUACAAUCAACAGCAGCAACCCCAAUUACCGCAGCAGCAGCGCCCUUUAUCCCAACCCCCCACGAUCAAUAGUAAUCUGUAUAGUUAUCCCAAUAACGUACUAAAUGAUGGCACUCCCACACCACCAACAAAUAAUCCCAACAAUAAUCAAAAUAAUUUCUUUCCCGACGAUCGUAAUCGUUUUCAAAAUCCCUUCGAAGGCAAUCAAGAUCGUUUCAAUCUGAAUCAACGUUAUAACGAUCGUCAGCGUUUCCAGCAGGAUCGUCGCUAUCAAAUAGAAUUAGAGAAAUUGCGUAAUUUAUUGGUGGAAACCGAUCAAAAGGGUGCACAGGAGUGUACGGCCAAUGUAGCAGCUCAGUGGAAUUUUGAGACGAAUGUUAAUGAAUUUACACAAACAGAAGCGCUUAAUGCCCAGCAACGUUAUGUAGAGUUUCAACGCCUCGUAUCACAACAAUCACGACUUGUUAACAAAGAACUAAUAUUCGAUCGUAGAUUAUAUCGACAACUUAUGCUGCAAUCAGAAGUGGGACCAAAUGCUUUACCUCUUGAGUCUUUAGAUAGAUACAAUCGUUUAAUCAAUGAAAUGUUAAACAUUUACAAUGGCGCCAGCAUCUGUGCCUACCAGCAGCCCUUCCUUUGCAACUUACGCUAUAUACCCGAUCUUAAAGAAAUCAUGUCCAGGUCAAGAGAUUGGGAUGAAUUACAGCAUACUUGGGUGGAAUAUCAUCGCAAGGCGGGCAGAGAAAUGAGAGAUGGUUAUGAGCAGUUGGUGGAUGUUAUGAAUGAAGUGGCGUUUUCUAAUAAUGUUACUAAUGGCGGUGAAUAUUGGUAUUUGGCUUAUGAGUCUGGCAAUUUUCGCCAAGAUGUCGAUAUUGUUUGGGAGCAAAUACGACCCUUGUAUGAGGGUUUACAUGCCUAUGUGCGCCGGCGUUUACGUGAAUAUUAUGGUCCCGAAAGAAUUAAUCGUAUUGCUCCCAUACCCUCACACAUUUUGGGUAAUAUGUAUGCCCAAUCAUGGUCCAAUGUUUUAGAUAUUGUUAUACCUUAUCCGGGCAAGAAAUUGAUAGAUGUUACGCCACGCAUGUUGGAGCAAGGUUAUACGCCUUUAUUAAUGUUUCAAUUGGCUGAAGAAUUCUUUACUUCCAUUAACAUGUCUGCUGUGGGUCCGGAAUUCUAUCAAAAUUCCAUUAUAGAACAACCUUUAAACCGCAGGGUGCUGUGUGAACCCUCUGCCUGGGACUUCUGUAAUAGACAUGAUUUCCGUGUCAAAUUGUGUACGGAUAUAAAUCAAAAGAGUUUGAUAAGUGUGCAUCAUGAAAUGGCCCACAUUCAGUACUUUUUGCAGUAUAGACAUUUGCCUAAGGUGUUUAGAAAUGGAGCAAAUCCUGCUUUCCAUCAAGCCGUAGGAGAUGCUAUAGGUUUAUCUGUGGGCACUUCCAAACAUUUCCAAACUUUGGGUUUACUGCAACGUUCUGUAGAUGAGAGCAGUUAUGAUAUCAAUUAUUUAUUUACCAUGGCCAUAGAUAAAGUGGCCUUUUUGCCCUUUGCUUUGUCUUUGGAUAAUUGGCGUUAUGAUGUCUUUAGUGGAGCGGCGAAUAAGCAUCGUAUGAAUUGUCAUUAUUGGAAUUUAAGAGAAAAGUACAGCGGCAUUAAACCUCCUGUUUUGCGCUCCGAAAAAGAUUUCGAUCCUGGUGCAAAAUAUCAUGUCCCAGCCAAUGUACCAUACAUAAAAUAUUUUGUGUCCACUGUUUUGCAGUUUCAAAUCUAUCGUGGCAUGUGUCGUGCUGCUGGCCAAUAUGAUCCCAAUGAUCCACGUAAACCUUUGCACAAAUGUGAUGUCUAUCGUCAUCCCGAAGCGGGCAAUUUAUUAAAACAAAUUAUGUCUAAAGGCGCCUCUCAGCCCUGGCAAGAGGUAUUGCAGGAGACUUUGGGUGAAGGCCGGCUAGAUGGUUCGGCCUUACGUGAGUAUUUUGCUCCGCUGGAGGAAUGGUUACGUUUGGAAAAUUUGCGCACAAAUGAAUAUGUUGGCUGGAAUUAUGAUGGUGAUUACUGUAAACGCAGCAUUGAGACUGCUAAUCUGCAAGUGUUUGGUGGCUAUUACAAUCAAUCAUCUAAGGAUAGGCAAAUAAAUCAUAGUUUGCUAUUCAUAAUAAUGUUAUCAUAUUUAAUUGUAUUUUAUUUAAAUUUAUAAUUGUUUAAUGUUUAAAUUAUAAGGCACCAUAUUUUUUAUUUUUUUAGUUUUAUCUAACACUUAACCAGUCAUUUUAGUUGCAAAAAAAUACUAAAACACUUCAUACAAUAAAGUCAUUAUAAAAAUUGUUUUCAUUAAAUUAAAUUAAUAAUAAAAAAUCAAAUAAAAUCGAAUU